AUGAUGAGUGAAGUACAUGAUGAAUCUACGGACUCCGCCGAAGAGUGGGAGGCGCCUGUGAACGCCGUGCCGGACGACAACCCGUUGCCUAAGACACAGCCGUUGAUAGGCCAGCUCGGCGGCGUAGAGCGUGAGUUGGCGGGGGAGCUGGUGCACGUUGUGUUUAUGCUCCCCGGUGGCGCGACAGUGAAGCGCGACCACUACAUGGGGCAGACGAUCGCCUGUCUUAAAGCGCAGCUGGAGGACCUCAACGGCCUACCGUACGAGAAGACAACGCUCUAUUUGGGUGACCGCCCGCUGCUCGACCCACUCUCGCUCAACGAUCUACCGUUCAAGGAGGGGGAGGAGAAUCACGUCUCGGUGCGUUUUGUCGAGUAG